ACGGCUUGUCAGAGGUCAUGUCGUGGUUUUAUUUUGAAAGGUCUCCAGUCAAGUGACUCCCGGAAGUUUUUGUUUCCUCACCUGUCAGUUCUGACACUGUGCGAGUGUUCAUCCUCGUCUCUUUGGCUGUUUACCAGAAACAGGUCUUCUCUUAUCAAGAAUAAAUGAUCGCGCUGUGUGCUCGGCUGACACCGGACUGAGGACAGCAUCCAAAGCGGUCAUCUAGCUGCUACAGCGUAGGCCUGUGCAAGCAUGGAGCCUCUGGCAGUGGAUGAUGACAUCUGUAUUCUGAAACACGAGACAGCCUUCACCACCUCCGGCGAGAGCCCAGUAUCUGUGUGUGCUGGUGACGAGUCUGUCGCUUCCCACUUUGCCCUGGUCACAGCCUAUGAGGACAUCAAGAAGAGGCUGAGAGACACGGAGCGAGAGAAUACUCUGCUAAGGAAGAGGGUCAAGCAGCUUGAGGAUAAGCUCUUCAGGCCUGAUGCACCUCCAUCAGAGGGUCCCCAGUAUGUGAAUAAGGCCUUCAGUGCUUACCGAGGUAUCUAUAUAGAAAAGGAAGAUCUGCAGAUGGAGCUGAACAAACUGAAAAAGGAGAAGAGUGAGAGUGAGAGGUUGCUGAUGGAGCAGCUCCAGGCCAAAGAGUGGGAGCUGCUGCAGCUGAGGACAGAAAUGGAUACCAGCCAAGGUACAGUGAUGAAGAGCCUGAACAGCCCUCAGGAUUACUGGCAGGUGGACAGGGUCAGCACUGAGCUGAAGAUCCACAAACUACAGGAGGAGCUUGAGAGAGUGACACUGGAAAACAGCAGACUGCUGGAGAGAGGUGGGGAGGAACCCCACGGCCUUAAUGGACCAGACUUGGGCCUGACCUGUGACACAAAGUUUAAUGCAAGUGAGAGGAACAUGCAGCAGAUGUGCCAGGCUUUGAACAGUGAGGUCAAUCGUCUCGUCUCAGAGCUGAAGCACCAAUCGGGCCUGAUCAGUAAACUCAGGCCGCUGAUCAACGAAACAAGACAAGCUUCCUCAACAGUUCCAAUACAGUGUCUGGAUGACGUAGAAAAGAACAACCACCCAGGUCCUCGGGCGUCCGUCCCUCGUCCCCCUAGUGCCCCCCCACUCCCCUCGUGUUCUGGACGUCCCUGCCCUCCUGUCGGUGGCCCAUCAGGCACCCUGUUGCCAGACAGCCUGAAGGAGGACUGCUGGUACAAUGGACCCUGGCCCUCACAUAGCUGUUCAGAAGAGGCUUUAGCUGGCAGCAAUGCCGUCCUGCCCCCGCCUCCCUUAAACCAAGCUUCCCUGGACGAGAGCUCGAGGUCCUUCCCUAGUCCUCCCAAGCCCAGUGACGCCAUAUUCUGGGAGGGACACUCUGCUGCAUCCAGCUCCUCAUCACUUAUGGGAAACUGCAGUCCUAGGAGCCCUCCUAACACUGAGUGGGCAAAGCCCUAUUGAGAGCAACUUUGACCGGAUAAUAGAUGAUUAUGAAAUAGUUUGCAGUUGGACGAAACAAUGAUGACUCGAUGGAUGACUUGACUCUGCAACCCUGCCACAUAGCUACCACCUAACCUGCCUUAAGCUGAUUAGACCACUCCCCUGGCCUGGACCUACUGGUUGUGGGAACUAACUGAAACCAGAGGAAGCCUUUCAGAGGUGAAAACUCUGCACACCUGCUGAUUUCUCUGCUCACUGCACUGGUGAACUUAUCUGACCAUGCAGAGGGAAGGUUGAGGAGAGAGGCCCUCAGUAGAAUCUAAAGUUUUUUCUGCGAGUGUGUGUCCUUGUGUGCACAUGAGUCAAAGUGUGUCCCAGCGCGCAUACGAGCAAUUUAACUUCAGUGUGUGCAUGUACGCACAUUAAAAAGCGCGUGCCUGUGUUUGCAGAUCAGUGUGCGGGCAUCUCUUGCCUACCAGUUAUCUGCAUCUCAUCAUAAUGAACCCAGUAGGGCUCAAAGAGCCUCUUUUCUUCAUUCAUUAUGCCCAGUGAUCACUGCGGCCACAGCUGGACACACAGCAGAAUACUUUGUAAAACUGUAUUCAGUAAAAACGCAGGUCUUUUUACAUUUGAUCGCUGUAUAGUAUUCAAGGUCCCAUGUAUGUCUUGUGGUCAUGUGAAGAAACUGUGUAGGUACAAGGACUUGAUUUGGUUGUUUCUCUUCUGUGACUGAAGGUUUAACUGUAGGGUAAUCACAGAGUUUUUGAUCUAAAUUUUAAAGGCUACCAAAUAAACCCGUCUUUUCUCAACUGUUUUCAUAUCAGUCCUUACACAUCAUUAUCCAAGAAGGAAGUUAAUCAUUAUAUGCUUACCAAAUCGUUUUUGAGAAUGCAGUCACAAUGUUUGGAUUUAUGAGAUUAAUGAGUCGCAAAUAAUAAACUUUGAUCUUA